CGAGACAGACUACCAACUCACAGCAUGGCCACCACAACAAUGUCUCGUCCCACGUCGAUGGUCGAACGACAACCGAAGCGCAAGAAAGAGCAGCGUACCGACAUCUGGUCGAAUCUCCUCCGCCAAACCCGAGACGCCCAAGCCAGGAAUCGAACACAAGCCGUGCAGCAUCGGGAACUAAUUGUCUGUGGAGGAUCGCCUGACGACCAACGCUCCUUCAUUCAAAGUCUUGCUCGACCGCCUCCUGCUCAACCCCCGACGAGGAACCAGGAUAAACGGCAACAAAAGCCGAAAGGAGAACUGCGAUUGAGCAACAAGUACGCGUAUGGCUAUGGGCAUGUGACGCUGUAUUCUCCGCCACAGCAGAGCGGGACUGGUGUACAGGUCCUUGGAGCAGAGUCGGAGGAAGUCGCUCGUCUGGAAGUGCAUACAUUGCCAGAGCCGACGGAAGAAUAUGCCGGGACACUGAGAGGGCUGUUGCAGGGCAAGAAGCAUUCAGAGGGAGAAUCACCAGACGCUGAGCAGAACGAGAGCGAAGACACCACCACAGAGGGACCUCGACUACCAGGAGUGUGCAUACUGUUGAGUUGGAAGGAGCCUUGGAAGUUCUUAGUACAAUUGAAACGCUGGCUACAAUUACUCGCCCAGGCACUAUUGCAACCGGGGAUACCUGCAACGGACCCGCUGGACAUAUUGAAAGAGGCUCAAUUGUCUAUUACGGUGGUAGCACAGCAUACCGAGGCACAAGAAGAGCUGUUCAAAGAGGGAUACAAAGAGGAGGACUUUGACUACGUUUCCCAGUGCUUACGGACCGUGAUACUUCCUUUACACCCCCUAAGUGCACUGAUAUACACCACGUCUGCUGCACCACCACAGCCACCCGGCAGUCCAUUGAGUGAACCUCAAAAGGUCGUUUUCAACUCGAUCGGACUAGAUCUCGCCACAUUGAGCCCGAAGAGGACCCGCUCCGGAUCUGCUGCUGAGAAGAAGGAGGAGCUUGCUGUCAAGCAUGAAUUUAUGGAUCGCAUGGCCAUUGUGAUUCCUGCUGGAUGGGAUAGUCCUGCUUUCAUUCGGACUCUGAGUGAGACCUUCUCUCCUGAGGAUAUUGUCAAUGGGUGGCUAGCCGAUCUACAGCCUCCACCUCCUCCAAAACCACAGGCUUCACCGCCAACGGAGGAUUCGAAAUCAGGGGAGAAAGCAGCCAGCGGCGGCGCAGAGGUCUACGAAAGCUCUCCGGUCCUCGAAGAUGCCGACGACAUGGCAGAGCCGAUGUCACCUUCAAAGAUGCUGCCAUCUGCUGUGCAGUCUUAUGAGAGAAGGGUUCUCGAUCCUCAAGCACACAAAGCGCCAAAGCCACCCCAGAUCGAAGUGGUCACGAAACCAGAUCAGAGAUUUUUGGCUGAAAUGCGAGAGCACCUCCAACAGCUUGAAGCUCAAGACCGUGAACGCGAGUCGAAGGGGCACAAUUCUGGCGUAUCUCACACAGGACUAUCAGGCAGCUCGACUCGCGUUGGGGGCCUUCCAGCAGGCGAAUCUACAGGCGCUCUGAGCGAACUCGGCGAAGUGUCGUUCAACGUAGGUGGUGUGAGCUACGACACGAUUACCGCUGAAGCAGCUAUCAACGCCCUCAAACGACCACAGACGAGAGAUAAUGGUGACGGCCCGAUGAGUCCUCCUUCCAGCACGAGAACCCACACUCCUAAGCCAAGAGGGCCAGGCGGGAAUAGAAUUGAUGCCAGCGGUAGUAAGGAGACACCUGGAAGUGGUAUGAAGAGUCCGGAGAGUAAGGCUCCGCUCGAUGUGGAUAAGUUGGAGGAGUACUUCCAAAGUCUACUAAACAAGAGUGGUGGGAGUGGAAGCAAGAGCUCGACGCCAUCGAAGAAAGCUGGAGAAUGAAACGCCUGAUGGUGAGCAUGUAUGAAGACAAAGCAGUGUAAGAGACGAGAUACCCAUUUAGCGCUUUUCUUUCAGUAUUCAAGAGAGAUCGAAAGUUUACGGCGUAGACUAUGCGGGACUACCUGAAACUUUCGCGGAAAGGCACCGACGUGCACUAGCCCUCAGUGCUCAAGCCUGAGCAACUAUUUACUUCCAUGCCAUCAUAGGUCAUCUCUUCGC